AUGCUUUUCGGUACACAGAGAACCGGCCUUGACGUGCUGUUGAAUCGUCCACGCCCCAACAAAUGGCAACAAUUCUGGUCUAAGCCAUAUGUCUUUCUUGCACAUUUCUUCUACUCUCUUCGUCACAUUGCCCACGAGCCUCCCGUAAAUCCCGUCUCUAUUGUGUGCAUAUCAGACACGCACAAUUCUCAACCUCAUCUGCCCUUUGGAGAUGUACUCAUUCACGCCGGAGAUCUUACACAGUCAGGGUCGUUAGGAGAGCUAAAGGCCACUAUUGCUUGGCUCAACUCUCAACCACACACACACAAGAUCAUCGUGACAGGAAACCACGACAUACUGCUCGAUAAAGGCUGUGAUCGUCGGGAGGAAUCAGCAGCUGAGCGAGAGUGUCUAGAUUGGGGAGAUUGUAUUUAUCUUCAGAACGAGACUACAACUGUCACCUGCAGAAAUGGCCGAACCCUAAAGAUAUAUGGAAGCCUUCUAUCACCUCGCCACGGAAACUGGUCGUUUCAAUAUUCACGGAGCCAAAAUGUUUGGUCAGAUACUACUCCGAACGAUAUUGACGUUCUCGUCACUCACGGCCCUCCUUUCGCUCAUCUCGAUCUAAAUCUCGGAUGCCAUUAUCUUCUCAAAGAGUUAUGGCGCAUCCGUCCUCUGCUGCAUGUUUUCGGGCAUGUACAUGAAGGGUAUGGACAGGAAUCUGUGGUUUUUGAUAGAUUGCAAAAUACAUACGAGAAGGCUUUAUGUGAUGGCACCUUCUGGAGUUUAAUGAGGGUAUUCAAGGAGUUUUUGAGGUUGCUCCCAAUGAGGAAGAAGCCGGCAAUGACAAUUUGUCAACUUGUGAACCCAGCAAUGGUCGGUGGACUUAGGGAUGAUGAGAAGAGAAAGGCAAUCAAAGUCAUUAUUUAA